AUGAACAACACUACCACCAUGACCGUUCCCGGAAACCCCUACCUCCACGCUUCCCCCGCUCCACCGCCAUCAUCAUCUUCCGACACCUUCAACAAUCUUGGACGUAAACUCGAAACCGCCACCAAAAAAGCCGAAACCUUCGCUGGUAACCUCUACAACCACCUCAGAACCGGACCCGGGUUAGUCGAUGUUGCCAUGACACGGAUCGAGCAGGCAGGUCGUGUCAUCGCCGAUGGCGGUUGCGACAAUGUUUUCCGCCGAGAGUUUGGGAGUGUCAAUGGUGAGAAGCUUAAGAAGACUUAUGCUUGUUAUCUGUCCACCACUAGCGGGCCGGUGAUGGGUACGCUUUAUGUAUCGAAUAAGCGAAUUGGGUUUCGGAGUGAUUCGCAGGUUUGGAGUGGACCGGUUGGCGGGCCAGGCCAGUGGGUUUACUACAAGGUGAUGGUGAUGUUGGAUCAGGUGUUGGCUAUGAACCCAUCGUCGAACCCGAAUAAGCCGGCUGAGAAGUAUAUUGAGAUCUUGACUAAGGAUGGACAUGAAUUUUGGUUUAUGGGGUUCAUUUCAUAUGAUCAGGCUCUUAAGAAUUUGUACAAGUCUCUUCAACAUUGUACUUGA